UAUAUUUGCCAUGACAUAUAACAACGAAAUUCUGAAAAGUCAGUUUCGUUCUUGAAUCUGACCAGGAAUUUAGUGUCUACUAAUCAAAAUCCUAAAUUAAACUAAAAUUUUAAUUCGGCUAUUCACCAUCAAAAAUGCGCUUAUUGUUGCAACCGUUUGGUCGAGUUUACGGCAGUCGCAUUAGUCCAAUUGCCAUCAGGACUUACACUUGCAAGAAGCCCAUACAUCCGGAUCCUCAAUGCAUGCCAGUUAAUCCAAAAUGCUAUUAUAUAGAAGACAAAUGUGAUGCGGCUCGCGAUUAUCUGUCCAAUAGGAUUCCAUUGGACAAGCACAUGGUUGAGGCGCAAAGGCAAUCACGGGAUCAAGAGUUUGAACCACCGUGCUGCGUGUCACGCUUGGUACAUCGCCCUCCAGAAGAGGCCAAGAUGAGGACGGUGAAGGAGAAGGAGCGACCGCCUUUCCGAUCCAUGUGGGAGCCGCCCUGUGAGCCACACGAGCAGAAAUAUUGCACAGAUAUGUUGCCCCGCUUCGAUGAGAUGUUCUAUCACCCAUCGGACAAGAACAGAAGCUUUCAGCGCACUUGGAUUGAGUGCCCGCCCAUAAGGGAGCGCUUGAAGAAAGUCUGCUGCCUGGACGGAAUCGAGCCGCCGGAGAUUCAGAGGCGUGUCAAGGUGCCGUGUCCGGAGACAACCUGUACUUUUGACUACGCACGCAUGCGACACAUUUGCAAGAAAGCCGAGCCGAAUCUCGAAGGCAAAUGCAAGAAGACAUUCUGGCCAUGUUGCAAGGCAGCUCGCUGUCCUCCCCAUUGCCAGCAGACCCGAAAACUUAAUCCCUGCCUAAGGUUGCGACCGCCCAGCAAAAGUUUCUCGGAGACCAGAAAAUGGCAGCGACCUCGCCGUGUCCGGGAGUGCGAUCGUUUGCAUCCGAGUAACUGUGAGGCAAUAAGAGAGGCGAACAAACGCAUGCAGUUUAAAUUUAAACCAGAGUGCGCCAUGGUUUAAAGCUUUCUGGCCCUAACUUCUUUGGAGCGCAAGUGGAGAUCGCCUAAUCGAGUUAUAAUUAUGGAUUGAAGCAAAAUUUGGACUUAACGUCGUGGAACAAACGAGGACCUCUCAAUUGCGAAUUCCAGCUGAAUUCUACCAUUUGCUCAAAUCUUCUGAUAAGCAUCACAACAUUGUCCUUCUGCCACUGUCGGUUGUAGUCUGAUCACAGCAGAAUAUAUUAUUUAUUAUUGCUGUGGACAAACUACAGUCGUCUGUGCGUGAGGGUCACAUUCUCGGAAAAUAAAUAAAAAUUUUCUUUUUGGGUUAUUA